AUGGCGGGUGCGAUGAAGAAGGGGGAUAAGAUUCGUCAGAUUGUCCGACUCAAACAGAUGUUGAUGCGCUGGAGACGUCUCAACCUCGGACGCCGUACCCUCCUCUCCUCGGAAUCUCACUCUUGUCCCCUUCGUCGCACUCCCUCUGGCUUUGUUGCCGUCUACAUUGGACCCGAAAGCAAGCGUUUCGUCAUCCCCACUCGCUUCCUCAACCUCCCCAUCUUCCUUGCUCUCCUUAAGCGCGCCGAAGACGAGUUCGGAUUUCAGAACCCUGGCGGUUUGGUUCUCCCCUGCGAUGUCUCUUUCUUCACCCAAAUCACCCAUUACCUCCACGCUGACGAAGAGCGCUACGGAAAAUUCUCUCUCGACGACUUUCUCAAGCUCGUUUCCGACGUCGCUUCUGAUCUUGCAAGGAAAGUGCCCUUGCUUUCACUCCUCUCCUCCAGAAAGCCCGGGUUUGACUCCUGA